AUGUCACCCGCUCGGCGGACUGCUUGCGACUCGUGCUAUGUGCGCAAGAUUCUGUGCGAUACCCCAAGAGUUGGUGACCCCUGCAAUUGGUGCCAACACCACAAUCUGGUCUGCACAUACGAUCGCCCCAGCCUACCCCACAGCUCGAAAACAAAGAAAAAGGGGGCUCUUGACGUUGCCAAACGCCUGGAAUUGCUAGAGGCCAGGCUCGCCCAAGUCCACGGACUUCACCAGCAUACUUCACGCAGAGGACCUUUUCACGGUACUCCGGCCUCGUCGGCACGAAUAAAGAAGCCCACUGCUUUCGAGAGAAGCCCGCGUGCAUCUCCGUUUGGAACAAGCUCGGAAUCCGCAUCGCCUGCCUCCAGUUCGCUCGACCCUAUCAACCCACGGGAGCAUCUAUACUUCCACAACCCUUAUCUGCUAACAUUAUGCUCGCCUACAGGUUUGCCUGUUUUCACUGAAGCGUGUAUAAAAUGGAUCCAAGCCGCCACCGGCGAGUGCCCCAGAUUCGAAGAACUUGGCGAUCAAGAGACAAUCUUCUCACCUGAACCGCCUUCUCAGCAACAAGACACUGCCGCCGGAGAAUGUCUUUUGCCGGAGCCAUGGGUUCUCAACUCUUUGGUCGAAAACUUCCUGAGCUCCGACUUUGGUCGCAGCUUUCCUUUUGUAGACAGCCUCCUGUUUGAGGAGACCGCACGACUGGCUUACGAGGCCUCGGAUCAAAGCGACUCACCUGCGCACCUGGGUGCGAGGGCCUGCGCUCUCACCAUCUGCGCAAUCGCCAGUACCAAAUUAAAGCAACCUGGAGAAGGAGACUGCAUCGACGUGCAGGCAUGUAUACGUCAGGCGGAGCGCCUGCUCAGCAGGAUACCUACAGACGCGAGCCUGCAGAAGUUGCAGGCCACUGUGAUGCUGGUAAGUCAUCUUGGCGCUUUCGCAGAUGCUAGGGUAUACCACACAAUGGCCUGUCGCAUCGUCUUCGCUCUUGGAGGGCACAUACGCGUAGCCGACAUACCCCAGGACCGCAAACCCACCCCGCAAGAGCGCCACGACCACAACGUCAGAUGUUUGUUCUGGCUGUGCUACUUUUGCGAUAAAGACAUCGCGUUGCGAACUUUUCUGCCCCCUGUCAUUCCAGACGAGUACUGCGACCUCACCCUGCCCCGGGGCUAUGUUGAGCUCAUAUACGGACCCAAUCGCAGUUCUCGCGGGGCAGGCGAAAUACCAAUGCCAUGGUUCAUCUCCGAUCUCAGACUAAUCCAGAUCAAGUCGAAAGUGGCCAACCAGCUUUACUCCUUUGCCUCCACCAAGAAGUCCGACGCAGAAAUCCUGCACACCAUCCGUCAACUGGACGAGGAACUGGAGCGAUGGCGCCUGACCAUACCGGCCGAGUUUGCACCGAGUCUAGCCAUCCGGCAUGGAGUCAAGUUGAGCGAGCACCUGGAGCAGUCUGCAAAGAUGUUGCACAUUGACUUGCAUUUGGCGUACCACCAUCUGUUGAGCAUCAUCCACUACGCCAGCGCGCGCUGUGCUGGCGCACGAGGCAGCGAAAGGAGCGAGAUUCACUACGGACUACAGUCCAGCCUCGAUCUUUCGGUGGAAGCAAGCCGUUCGACAUUGAUAUUCCUCAGUCUCGCCGUGCAUCAUCUAGCCAGCGAAGUGUUCUGGUUAUUCAUGUUUUACCCAGUCUCGGCUUUCCUGGGCCUGUUCUUCAACCUGCUCCGCAGCCCAGGCAAUGAGCACGCAGAGCUCGAUCUGGAACUCAUCCGGACAGCGUCAGAGGUCCUCCAGAAGAUGCCCAAGAGUGACUCGUCGCCAGAAAAAAAAGCCUACUUGGACAGGAUUGAUCAAUUCUGUGGAGAGAUCAGUCGCCUGGCCGAGUGCGCCAUUGCUAGGCAUCGGGAGAGAUGA